GUAACUAGUUAAUCUCACAUUCAAAAUCCUCCUAUAGUACUCUUUACGUGCCAUUAUCCUCUAUACUUUCCUUUCUUUUUCUAAACCGCUAAUAUGGCGGAUGAACCUGCGAAACCUAUCUCCCCGAUAUCUAACCUCUUGCAGAAAAUUGGUUUGACCCGCCAUGAUCUCACCCGUCAUAGCGACCAAAUGCGUCAAUUUUUGACUACUCAAGACGCGAAGUCUCUUCGCGCUUUUUCUGUAGAGUCCUCAGAUGCACAACAGAGUAUUACUUCUGUACUCGGAAACUCUCGCUCCUGUUCCCAUUCCAGUUCAAAUUCGCGUCAAAACGCGUCUACCGCUUCUCAGACUCCUCCCCCUUCCACGCCUGUCAAAUCAGAGCCAGUAGAACCCGCCAUCCCCCUCCGUCAUAUGGAUAGCAUGGAAAUGAUCCUCGAGAGAAGGAGCCGAAAAAUAAAGCGCGAUAAGCGAGGAAAGAAGGAAAAGGACCGCAACCCACCUUCACCAUCCCCCGCAAGCGCCGCUUUCAGUCUCGACGCGUUCAUGCAAUCACGCGAUUCACGACGCGUCCCAUCCUUGGAGCAAUCUGAUUCCUCUACCAGCAUAACCUCACUGGACAACCACGAGGAUGAACCCCCUCUCCUUCCUGUCACCCCUCAACACCGCAAGUAUUAUAGAGACUAUGAUACCGUAGAGCACCCCUCACGUCUCAAGAAGGGUUCUUACACCCCCCGGGAUCUCUCACCAACUCCCACGCGCCACCGUUCUUCCUCAAUCUUCGACCAACCUCAUACAAGUGCUGCAGAAUCUUCAAAUGCAAAUUUUAUCACUCCCCGCCGCAAUGCCUAUUAUAAGUCGCCUCUACCUUCUUCAUCUCCACCUCAAUCUUCUCCCUUCGCGACGCCUUCUAAUAAGCGUAUCGUCAACCUCGUAUCGUCACCGGGUCCCAUGGGUCCCCUCCCAGAUGAAGAUGAUUACGAGAAUCUUCCAUAUACCCUUCCCCCGGGUCCAUAUUCCACAAAGAAACCAGACCUCUCCUAUGCAGCUCUUAUCGGCCAGGCAGUGCUUUCGUCCCCAGAGCACCGCCUCACCUUGCAGGAACUUUACGAUUGGAUUACGAUCGUUUAUCCUUAUUACAACCGAAGCGAAAUGACCUGGAUGAACUCUAUUCGUCAUGUCCUCAGUACAACCGUAUGCUUCCGAAAAGUUCCCCGCGAUCGUAGUGUCGGGCGCACACUCUGGGCUAUUUGGGACUGCGAUCUCGAGUGUUUCGCUGGUGGUGGUUUCAGGAAAGAAUUUUGUGCGGAAAUUAAGGAAGCUAACAAGAAAACUGCUCCCAAAAAACGCGCAGCGGAAGAAUCAGCAUCCGGUCGCAGAACGAAACGGCAGAAAAAAGGUGCCGCACCUGUACCUACCGAACCCUCGACAAGCUCGCCUGUACAGGAAGCAUUGCCUGCAUUGACAGGCUCAACUCUGCCAACCCUUGUGCCAUACUCGCAACUCCUCCCUCUCUUUCCUCCUCGUAGUUCUGCUCAUCAUCAACCAUAUUACCAAAACUGUGUACAGAUGCCUGUUGAUGUCAUCUUCCCUCCUUUACCAUCGUCAUCAAGUUAUGCUCGUGCUGGCUCAUCAUCAUCAUUGCCUCCUUCAUCUGCUGUCAAAAGUUCCGAUGUGGCGCAGACAUCGCCGAUCCCUCCCUCCUCCCUACCCGCCCUUACGCCAAGUAAAAGUUCUUCCAGUCCCCAGUUGUCCUCUGAGGAUCACCUCUUUUUGAACCUCGAUGGCGGGAUGAGCCCUCACAUCGAGUCAACCCCUCCACUAGAGUGUGGAAUUGCUCUUUUAGACAAACGCAAGACGAAGGCAAGUUUACCACCUCCUAAAACUCCUCCGAAGAAAUCUGUCGGACUUCCUCCCGUGCCUGUAUCUCCCACUCUUGACCGUCGCGGAAAGUCUAAGAAAGGCAAACCACCUGCUAAGGAUUGCCCUCCACGCGUAUUCCCAACUUCUACAUCACAACGACCCAUGACGCCCCCUCCACGUCCUUCAACACCUCCUCGCAGGGGUGGCAGCAGUACCGUACAACUUUCCCCCAUCCGCACACCCCUGUCUCAUAAAGGCCUGCACAUGAGCCCCUCCGCAAGCCUCGCGCACUACAAAUUCAACCUCGAUCCACCCCCCUCCAUCACCUUCCGCCCCGACGACGGGAUCAACCCCGCUGUAUUUGAUACCGAGAAUAUCCGUACGCCGUCUCGCAAGCGCAACACGCACGCACAUGGACACCACCAUAACCAUAACCAUAAAGAUACAUCUGUAUUGUUCCCGCCUGUAACGCCAAAGAAACUGGUCUUCCCUACGCAUAGCUCUGCGGAGUCGCCAUUCCGUACACCUGGAUCGAGGUCGAUAUUCGAUCCGCAUGAUCCAGGGGCGAUUUUAGAUGAAGAGCUUGCGCGGCUUGGUGCGAAAGGGAUGCAAGAGAGUCCUGUUGGAUUGUUUGAGAGCCGACGCGGGUUGUUGUACGAGAGUCCGAAUAUGCCGAGUCCGGGGAAAUGGUCUCGGUGGUUCUGACAGUGAUAGGUGAUGUGAUGCGUUGUGUUGUUUGAAUUUUGGUUUUGGUUUUGAUUUUUCGUUCUGAUCUCGAUCUUGUUUUCAUGAUACAAGUUGUAUUACUAUUGUUAUGAGUGCUGAGGCCUGAGGUUUUGGACGUUUUCGUUCUACUCUGUAUCUAUCGUUUUUCACUUUGACGAUUUGCAAUUGCUGUUGCUGUUUGCUGGGCUCUUGGUCGUGGUCGUCGUGUUAUUUGUUGUCUCUCUCUCGAGUGUUUUACUUACGAAGAGUUGCAUCUCCAUUUACUAUGAUCUCCUAGUAGAAUACAUAUGACGAAUAGAAAUGAAAGGAAAGACC